AGCAUACUUAGAUGUCAAUGAACUGAAGAACAUACUCAAACUGGAUGGAUCCACACACCUCAACAUCUUCUUUGCCAAUUCCUCUGAGGAGGAGCUGGCUGGAGUGGCAACUUGGCCCUGGGACAAGGAAGCCUUGAUGCAUCUAGGUGGCAUUGUGCUGAAUCCUUCCUUCUAUGGAAUCCCUGGCCAUACACACACAAUGAUCCAUGAAAUUGGGCACAGCCUGGGGCUCUAUCACGUCUUCCGGGGAAUCUCCGAGAUCCUCUCCUGCAGCGAUCCGUGCAUGGAAACUGAGCCCUCCUUCGAGACCGGGGACCUCUGCAGUGACACCAACCCUGCUCCUAAGCACAAGCUGUGUGGGGAUCCUGGACCUGGCAACGACACAUGUGGUUUUCACAGUUUCGUAAACACGCCGUUCAGUAACUUCAUGAGCUACGCAGACGAUGACUGCACCGACUCCUUCACGCCCAACCAAGUGGCCAGGAUGCACUGCUACCUGGACCUCGUCUAUCAGAGCUGGCAGCCCGUGAAGAAGCCAGCUCCUAUCGCAAUUGCCCCCCAGAUUGUCGCUCGGACCUCCACCUCAGUCACCCUGGAAUGGUUUCCGCCCAUCGAUGGCCACUUCUUUGAAAGAGAAGUGGGAUCAGCAUGUGAUCUGUGUGCGGAAGGAAGAGUCCUGGUGCAAUACGCCUUCAGCGCCUCUUCCCCGAUGCCCUGCGAUCCUUCAGGGCACUGGAGCCCUCGGGAAGCAGAAG